CAAUGUGUCAGCCACCCGUCCUAAGCUGAACAAAAGCAGCGGAUCGUACCAAGGCGCUCAAAGCUGCGCGUUUAAAACCUAUGUCCUUGCGCACUGCAGAAACAUAGCAAGAGAGGAGAGAGAAAAAGUUUGCAUUUGUCCAAAGGCUACGGGCGUACUUACUGCAAAGGAUUUUGCAGCUAGGUUUAAAGUUGAAAGUAUUUUUUUCUCUCCUGCAGAGCAGGAGUGGCUAAAUCCAAAGCCAGCAGUUCAGAUCAGAUUUCACUCAGACCAGCGGGUGGAGAGCCGUAGAGGAGGCUUGUUUUUUACCCCUUUUUUCCUCUCUGGUCUUCAUAGGGAGCAAUCGAGGAAGGGAGGGAGAGAGAGGGAGGGAGAGAGAGAGAGGAGGGAGGGAGACGCACAUAGAUCCGAAGGAAUUUUCUUAGGAUAUUCCUGUAGCCCGAAGGGGGGACGCGUGUCUCACUAGCUUUGGGGGGACAGGCAGAGAAGAAGACUGAGAUGGACGAGCAGCCUCGGCUGAUGCACUCUCACGGAGUAGGGAUGGCCGGACACCCCGGCCUGUCUCAGCACAUGCAGGAUGGCACGGGGGGGACGGACGGGGAGGGAAGAAAGCAGGACAUUGGAGACAUUUUACAGCAAAUCAUGACCAUUACAGACCAAAGUCUGGACGAAGCACAGGCCAGGAAACAUGCCUUGAAUUGCCACAGAAUGAAGCCGGCUCUCUUCAACGUCUUAUGUGAAAUUAAAGAAAAAACAGUGCUGAGUAUCCGUGGAGCACAGGAGGAGGAGCCUCCGGACGCCCAGCUGAUGCGCCUGGACAAUAUGCUUCUGGCCGAGGGUGUGUCUGGGCCGGAGAAAGGGGGCGGGUCUGCCGCCGCCGCAGCCGCUGCUGCUGCCGCUGGGGGUGCUGGCUCGGACAACUCUGCUGAGCACUCGGACUACCGGGCCAAACUCUCCCAAAUUCGGCAGAUCUAUCACACCGAGCUGGAGAAAUACGAGCAGGCGUGUAACGAGUUCACCACCCACGUGAUGAACCUGCUGCGGGAGCAGUCGCGCACGCGGCCCAUCUCGCCCAAGGAGAUCGAGCGCAUGGUGAGCAUCAUCCACCGCAAGUUCAGCUCCAUCCAGAUGCAGCUGAAGCAGAGCACCUGCGAGGCCGUCAUGAUCCUGCGCUCACGCUUCUUGGACGCCAGGAGGAAGAGACGGAACUUCAACAAGCAGGCGACAGAGAUCCUUAAUGAGUACUUCUACUCGCACCUCAGCAACCCCUACCCCAGCGAGGAGGCCAAAGAGGAGCUGGCCAAAAAAUGCUCCAUCACAGUGUCACAGGUAUCUAACUGGUUUGGAAACAAGAGAAUUCGAUACAAGAAAAACAUUGGAAAAUUCCAGGAAGAGGCUAACAUGUAUGCUGCCAAGACGGCCGUCAAUGCAGCCAACGCGUCCGCCCACGGUAGCCAAGCCAACUCCCCAUCCACUCCAAAUUCGGCAGGUUCUGCCGGCUCUUUUAACAUGUCAAAUUCCGGCGAUUUGUUCAUGAGCGUGCAGUCACUCAAUGGGGACUCCUACCAAGGGGCCCAGGUUGGAGCCAACGUGCAGUCACAGGUGGAUACCCUUCGCCAUGUUAUCAGUCAGACAGGAGGAUACAGUGACGGACUUGCAGCGAGCCAGAUGUACAGUCCACAGGGCAUCAACGCAAACGGUGGCUGGCAGGACGCCACAACCCCCUCAUCAGUGACUUCGCCCACAGAGGGCCCUGGGAGCGUCCACUCUGACACCUCCAACUGAUCCAUCCCUCUGCCACACAACCCCACCACAGCAACUACAGAGCCUCUGCCUUUUCCAGCAACACCAUUCAGAACGGAGGUCAACUGCCCGUUAUUACACAAAAAGGUUUUAUGUUUCCCCUUAGAAGGGAAUCCUUAAAAAGAAAAAAAAAUUAAAAAGGCGACUGACAGCACUGAUGUUGCUGGUCUCUGAGUAGAUACACCUGCUACUCUGAAAUAUCUGGAAAUCAAAAUAUGAGUUUUUCACCAAAUCCAACAUUUGUACAGUUUAAUGUGCGAUUCGGGUUAACUCCCUGUAAUUAUUAGUCAUAAAAUAACUACUUACAACUAUUUAAAAAAAGCCUUCGUAAUUUGUAAAAGCAAACCCCUGUUUCUAUUGCUUCACACUACCUCUCAGCGAAAAACAACAUAAAAAUGUACAAAAACCAUAGACUUUCAUUUCCCAAAACAAGUAGACGACCACCAUUGUUCUUCCAGAUGGUUAGACUCUAAAGGACAUCCUGUAUUUAUCUUAGGCCACAUUCUUCAGCCCCAGCUGUUCUUUCUGUCAAAGUCUUUACUUUGUUCAUUCCGAAAAGAGCCAAACAAGGAAAGCGGAGUGUCAAUUUGCCGUUAGGCUGGAGAGCAAACGGACUGGAAGUGAUGAUCCAUUUUGCACGAGCUUACCACUGAUGGUGUGACACAAAGACUCGCAGAAGUUCACAAUGACAAUGGAGGAACGGCUGACUAAUGUAAAACUCCAAGGGAACGAGUCCUAUGUCUCUCCCAGCCCUUAAAUGUCAUAAGAACUCAUAGUAGCUUCAGCAUACAGUGUAAUUAGUAUGUCUGGUGAUGGUUUUUUCAUUCAAUUCAUGACUCAUGUUCUGCUGUCUUGUGUAGUUGGCUUAAGGUUAACAUGCAUAUGUUUCGAGGAGGUUAUAGCCCAGGGCCACUAAAACAAUCGAUGCAACAUGCCAUCAAAUAGAUGCUUCCCUGCAAACUCACUCCUUUUGUUAUUGUUAAGCAGAUUCAGCCUCCAAUUAUUACAACUGAGUGGGUUCCCAAGACUGGAAAGGCCACAGCUAGUCAAGUAACCCAGCAACGGAGCAGGCUGUACCUAUCCACUGCAGUUACAGAAAAAUAUUUUGACACAUACUCACACACUACACAUAAGAUGUAUCAUCGUAACCAAAUGCUGCUGUUAACCAAAACACUUAGUGUAGUAAGUGCAUAAGAGAAUGAGUCGGACUUUGACCUGUAUUAAAAAAAAACCAUUUUUUUUAAGCUCUACAGAAAUAUGAUCAUUUAAAUACAUAGUGUGUUUACUGUGUCAUUGAUUAAAAUUAACCCUGUAUUGCCCCACCACACCGUUGGUGCUAAAUAUGUAUAUAAUAAAUCAGAUACAUCCCCUAGAUGAUUAAAAAUGGUUUUGUCCAAAAAUUCAAUUGAACACCAAUUAAAGUAUAUUUAUAUAUGACAAGGGUCUCAGUAACUGAGUUUGUUUUUCAGUGCUUUAAAUCACAUCUUGGCAGAAUCUACUUAUAAUGUGGAAGUCAUUAAGAUAAUAUGAUUUAGACAUUUCUACAGUUAAUUCCAGUUCUGCCCAUUCAGGUAAUACCAGGACUGUGCCAUUAAACACGCCUCUUAUCAAAUUAUUUUUUUAAAGGAAAAGAAGACCCAGAAGCUGAAGUAGAUUAGGUCAACCAGCAUAAACACCAUUGUCUAACUGUGGCAAAUGUAGUAUGCAAUAGACAUUGCUGUUAUUUCCAUCAGCUACGCAGAGAAAUCCAAAAUGUGAAAUUUGUCGUUUUAGUUCUGCUUCAUUGCCCCCGUGGUUAUACUGCGUUUUAUGUUCCUAUGUGGUGCCCCGUCUCUCUGACCAUCCCGCACUGGCCCAAAAAAGUCUGUCUGUCACCAGCCUAACUGGCAGCUUGCACCUGCAAACUCACUCUUCCUGUCAUCUUAAUGCUGACAAACAUUUAUGAAUGUUCUGGUUAUUUUCAGAACCAAACAGCAGUCACAAUUUCAUUAGCAUUUUUAGAAGACAAAAAGCAUUCAUGCUUACAGCACAGAAAUUCAGAAUAUGUGUAGGUGUAUUUUUGUGAGUCCUUACGCUAUGGGCGACAACACAUCUCAUCUUUAAUGUUCUGUUUUUGCUUUGUUACAGCACAGGAGUUUCCAUUUCCCUUGUACUCAUAUGUGAACUUGUGCAAGAAGCUCUAUAUAAAUGUAGACGUGCACCUUUAUUUAGGGUUUGUUUUGUUGGAAAGGGACAGUAUCCAUUUUCAUACAAAAUGCAGCUAAAUAUUUUACAGGAGUUUAGAGAUUGGGGAUGGGGAGAGACACAUUAGGGACAAGAUUCACUGGGGAUUUUCUUUAUAUGUGAAGUGCGAACAAAAUGUAUCUAUGAUUACAAAGGAUACUGUCUUGUUAAGGUGAUGUGAACAUUUUAUUUCUGCAAUUAAUUUCUAACAGCCAAAUCCCCAUCAGAAAACCCCCCCCACAGUCUGAGAAAGGGCAGUGACAUCUGGCGUUACAGGUGGCAUGCUGAAAUACAGCUAUUGAGAGCUAAAAUGAGAAGAGCGCUCAACUGCUGCUGAUGAUUGACAGUUCUAAAAAUGUAUAUAUUUUUAUACGCCAUUUAGAUUUGAAUGCAUCCUGUAGGAUUCAGUAAAAUUAUACACUCGGAGAAAAAGUCCUCCGGAAACACUUGUACCAUUGAAUCUUUUAUCUCUAAAUAGCUGUAUUUACAAUUAGAAUGUUUUAAUUGUUCGGCGAAGUUGCAGCAUCGUUAGCUGCAGUCAUUGUUUUGGAGUGGCAGGCUCCUUUUUCCAUUUUCAUCUCAUGGGUUUUGAAGGAUCGGUAUUUGUGGAAGCCAUUAGACCCCGCUUUGAGAUUAUGUUGCUCAGUUAUCUACCCUUGCCUUGCCCCACCCAGCCCAGCCCAGCCCAGCCCAGCCCCCAGGAGGAUGAAAGGGUAAAUUCUAUUUCAGCGACUCAGUCUGCUCAGAGACCCUGAGGCACGGCCCCUCGUUUUUAAAUGUUCUUUUCACAUUGCCUGUCCAGUACCACGGUAUUAUUAAAAGCCUCAUGUAAUGACGCUUUCAGAUUUUGCAAAAAAAAACAAAAAAAAAAACAAAAAAACAAAACAAAAAAAAUAAAUACAAAAAAACACAAAACAAAAAACCUAUUAAAAAAAGCUGAGCAAUUUGUAAAACAUCAAAUGUUUUCUUUGUUGCAUGUCUUUCGUUCUUUAAUAAAAUACUGCAGUGUUUUUGAAUGUU